AUGGCCCUGAUUGAUUCUCUCGAACAACUUAGAAAAUUUCAGGACAUUGUUUGCAGAGUGAGCUUACCAGAAGAGACGACGCUGACGUUGCAGGAUGGAGCAGACGCAGGAGCCACAGCUGCACUUGUACAUGGCAACCACACAAAAGAAGUCGUAGCCACAGCAGAACCAGGAGGGAGGAGAAAAAGGAAGAAGGAAGAACAAGACCAACAAAACAAACAUGAAAGGAAGAAAAUAAUAACAAAAUCAAGAACACAUACCUCAAGAAUUAGCCAGAGGGAGACAAAAGAACAUAACAAGGUGCAAAAAGAGCAAAGCAAGGAGCACGUAUCAACCAAUACAGCAAGUGCCGAAGGACAGCAAGAACAAGGUAGAAAAGUAGCUGCAGAAGCAGAGAAUCAAGAUGAGAAACAGGGACAUGGCAAGAGAACGCCACCGAAACAUAAAGGCCAACAGCAGCAUUUCGUCAAGAACACCGAGCAAGAGGAUGGAAGCAAUAGAACAAGCAACCCGACAACAGAUGAUGCUCCCUUAAGAGUGUCAAUAGGAGCAGUACAAGAGACGAACAGGAUCGGAGGCAGCAAAGACGUAUUACAAGCACAGCAAAGAGAAGAGGAUGCCCAUGCAAAACAGAAAGUUGAUAUAGAAGAGCUUUUCAGCACAAGAGCAUUUCAGAUGACCGAUGCAGGGGAGAGAGCCUCAGACACUGCACCUGGUGACACACCCAAGGCUGGUAUACAAAGCAAAGAAAAAGUGGACGCACAAACGGAUAUCCCAACCACCUGCGCAAAGGAAACAAACGAGGACGGUCAUGCCGAAGAACAACAAGGAGUACAAACAGAACAAACCAAAAAACAAGGGCAAAUGGCGACUAAAAUGGUACCCAGUACGCCGACCAAAGAGCAGUCUUCACGUGACAAACACAACCGAGAAGACAUGCCACCAGCAUCGAAGACCAACGAGAUGCAAGAAACAGAGGAGAGCACCAAUAUUCAAGACCAACAAACACAACAACACAAGGGAAUGGAACAAGCAGAAGAUGUUGUUCCAACAACGGACAGCGUAACCGCCGUAGACCAAGCCAGAAAACCUUCGCUGUCCGAGCAAGAAAUAACAGGGAUGGCAAUGUCGACGCAAAAGAUUGAAAAGGUGAACCACAAGACAAAAACGACGACACCACGGAUGAACAAAACGAAAAAGAUCCAGAGGAGCUCCAAACCUCCACUCACCGAAGAAAAGCUCGAAGAGGUAGCACCGGCGGAAAUGACUGAAAAGAAACCUCAACAAGACACGCACGCAGACACAAGCAAAGAAGCAAAGGGCCACGGUGCAUUGGAAAACGAUGCAAAAAACAUUCCAGAGAGAGAGUCAGACAACAACAAGAAAAAGGCCGCACCAUCAGACAAGAAACAUUGUGCUGUAAAAGAUGUUGCCGCCACAAACACGACGGUAAGCCAGGACGGCACUCAAACAGAACGUGAACCAUUGAUCAUACAAAACCUGGCCAUCGAAGAAGGCACAAAAGAUGAAGGGAUCGAACGCCUGUACAACAACGUCAUGACAGCGAAUAAGGACAAAGGGCACGAGAUUUUUAUAAAUACAGAGACGUCAACAGUAACGGUCAGCCUCAUGGCAGAAAGCUUCGAGACUGGAAAGGCAGUGCGCAGCGAAACCAUGGCAGUCAUGCUACAGAUGUUGAAAAAGCAAUUCAGGGGCAUAAAGAGAAAGAUUCUAUCAACAUACAACACCGCAUCAAUACGCAUGGCCAACCACGAAGAUCCAUUCGAGUUCAAACAUAAAGACGAAGCACAUGUCAGAGACAAGACAAUGCCUAAAAGGCUUAAAAGAUUCCUUGAUCUGGAAGAAGGAGAGCAACUACAAGAUUUCGACAUAGUAUUCAUGCCAUUUGAAAAGGAAGACCGAUACACACUAUUCGUGCUCGACAGAUAUAGAAGGAAGCUUCAAAUCAUCAAACCUGAAGAAACCUCUCUUGAAGAAUUGAAGAGGCAAGAAUACCUGAAAAAUCAACGUGAUCGACACGUGCAUGAUGGGAAACUAAUUAAGCAGAUUGCUAACAUGGAAAACAACAAAGCCAUCAAAGAAAAGGAGCAUAACAAAUACCACAACCAUAAAGACAAACUGGUUCCCAGGUUUAAAGAAGUAUACGAAAUAUUACUGGGUGAAAAGUUCGAAAAGGAAAAGACUAGAUGGGAUGUUCAAUUUUUACAGGGCGUUCCAAAGGUGAACAAAGGUGAAACCCCGUUUGCUGUUCUAAGGUUCUCGCAUCCCUUUGAUGGCAACCACUUCGUCGAAGAGAUAGAUAAUUUCGACGAUGGCACGAAACAAUGGAAAGCACAACAACUGUGCAUGCUACUAUUUAGCGAUCAGAAUACAAUCGAACCCAGCGAAAUGGGCGAUGAGAUUAGAAAGAUCUACGAUGACAUCACAGAAUAA